AUGGAUUUCCCCAUGGCCGAGCUUCGUUCGUGGAAGGAGCCUAUAGACCAGCCUCACCAUGUGAACCCACACUCGGACUAUUGCUACCCUGGCGGACACGCAACAUUUACGAACAGCGUUUAUCUUUCGCUGUAUGAGGAGGAAGAGUCUCGCGAGCAGCCGGUAUGGGGCGAACCGUAUGCGGCGGUGGAUCCUUGCUCAGGGUUGACGAAUAAGGAGAUGUCCGAAGGUGCGAAUCGCCCCACCAUUUACUAUCUUCUUCGUCUGUUCGAUUCGAUUCGAGGAUUCCACAAGGGUUCUCUUGAUCUAUCUGGUCGUCACCCAGAGAGAUACUACAAUUUGCAAAGUCAAUGGAACCGAUACCUAUGCAGCUUUCUUAGUCUGGAGACAGAAAUUCGACCAUGUGGUGAUCAUGGUGGGAUAAGCCAAUACCAGAUCGCCUUUAACGCGGAGCGUUGGCACCGAUUCCAGCUAAAAUGGCGUCUACCAGAAUCCGCCUCAUACAGCCAGCUCUUGAAGUGUACACAGAAAGUUCUCCAAGAGCUAAAACAGCACCCUGCCCCAUGUUUUCAGAUCAUACGAUUGAUUGAUCUUCCUGUCGAAGUUCUGGACAACAUCGUCAGCCUUGCAUCGACUUCUCAAGCAAAAGCUCUCGCCUGUACAUGCCACACAUUGAACGACAUUGGGCAGAGACACAUCUUCCGAACAUGGCCUAUGCGACUGCACGUACCGGCACACAUCAGCCCUUUCAACGUCGAAUACUCUUCGAUUGACCUGCCAACGCUCGCGUAUUACGCGCGUCAGGAUCUCGAGCGCAGCGCGCGUUUUCUCAUCGACACACCGCAUAUCAGCCAGCGCGUGCAACGGCUCGUGCUGACGGACGAAUGGUGCGUCGCGCGCCGGGCCCAGCACGACCAGCACACGAACCCGUUCGCGCUGCCGCCCGAUUUCUACAAGGGCGUGACGCAGAUCUGGGGAUCCGCACUUCAAAUCGCACCGCGGCUGAGCACGCUCGUGCUGUGCAAUCUCGAGCUGGGCACCGAGCUCCUGCGGCGCAUCUCAGAGAUCCGCACGUUGCAUACGCUCGAGAUGCAUCUGUGCGCGGUGCCACGGAGUGCGCUGCGUAAAUUGCUUGUCGCUGCCACGUCUGCGUCGGCAAAUUCGACAUCGUCAGAUAAUGCCGCAAACAAUGCCAGCAGCAGCAGCAUAUUGUGUCCGCAAAUAUCGAACCUGCGCAUAUACAUGGACUCUUCAUUCGCCGAAACACACAGCCAGUGGGCAGGUCUCCUGCUGUGCCCCGCAGUGCGCACGCUGAGCGUGGUGCAAUUCGGUAUCGGCGCUUUUCCUGCUCCACCAGAUGCAGCAUUUUGGACGCGAUGCAGACUCGACCACCUCGAGCGACUUUCGCUGGACAACAUCGACGCAGGCGACCUCUCAGAACUCGUCCGUUUCCUAUCCACUCCCACCAACAAUGGAGCAUCUGUGCCAGGCGCCGCCCACCGCAUGACACAUUUCAAGCUGCACAUGGACUGGGGCUUGCCCGACGCAGACGUGCUUGCCCUUCUCUCGGCACUGCACACUGCACACGCGCCGCUCGAGAUUCUCGUGCUCGAGGGCCUGGCGGAGGCAUCGUUUGCGCUCUUUGACGGCAUCGCGAGCCUCUUCCCCGAUCUGCGUGCACUGACGCUCGUGCGCAGGGAGAAUGGGAGCCAGCACCAAAACAAGCGUGCGCUUUGGCCAGGCAGUUCGUGGGAAUAUGCACAAAGGUUGCGGGCGUUCAGGCGGUUGGAAGCAUUUUGUUGGAAUUUCAAAGUGGAGUAUUGGGAUGCGACGCCGAGAGCACUGCUAGGGUUCGAAACGGAUUUCGGAGCGGCGGGUACGGGUGUUGCUGGGUUGAACGCAAGUGGGAGGAGAAGAGCUGGAAGAGGUGUGAUGAGGCGUGUGGAGAGUGAUAGCACUGGCGGCGCGUCAGCUGCAGCAACAGAGGACGUGCCGUAUUUUCUUGACAGCCACUGGAUGGCGCUCCCGUUUGUCGCGUACUGCCCGACACUACGCUCGUUCUCGCUCAUGGACCGCACAGUCGACAUGGUGUGUCGUAUCAACUCAGCGCCCGUUCACACUUCCGGGUCCGGGUGCAGAACUUCAACAACAGAAAACAUUAAAGGAGGGUAUUUGGGGAAUAGGGGCUCGAGGGUGAUGCAAGGAACUAAUGGAAGUGGACGGACAGGUACGGCGGUAGCGAAGGUGCUGACGCCGACGUAUUAUCCUAUGCACUCUGGUGCGUUUUCGUGGACGACGGGUGGAGAUUUAGGGAGUGGGGCGGGGGGAGGAGGUUCGCAUGAAUGUGUGUGGAAUACGACAGCGUCGCAUUGGCCUACUUUGGCACCGCUUGCGAGUUAUGGGUCGGGUGAUGGUGCGAGGGGUACGACUUCUUCGACUUCGACUUUGACUUCGACUUCGAAUUUGGGUUUGGGUUCGACUUCGACUUCUGCUGGUGUUGUUGCUGCUGAUGGUGUCGAUGGCCCUGGGAGGAUGUGA